UUUAAAAGCAAUUCUCCGUAUAUUCUAGUAAAACGGAUCAAAAUGAGCAAAAGAAAGGCACCAGAAAGUGGCAAGCCAAACUCUGACAUUGCCGAGAUACUGAUGGAAUUAGCUACUUAUGAAAGAAACGUAGCCAGAAACAUUCACAAGCACAAUGUGUACAAGAAAGCUGCAAAUGUACUAGCAAAGCAUCCAGAAAGAAUCAAAAGUGGAGCUGAAGCAAGGAAACUAGAUGGAGUGGGGGAUAAAAUUGCUAAAAAGAUUGACGAGAUUUUAUCAACUGGUCAACUGCAAAAACUUGAAAAGAUAAGAGCGGAUGAUUCAAGUCAAGCUAUCAAUUUUCUUACUCAAGUCACAGGAAUUGGUCCAGCUGCUGCUAAGAAGUUAGUAGAUGAAGGAAUCACAACAUUAGAAGAUUUGAAGAACAAUAUGGACAAACUUAACCAUCACCAACAGAUUGGUGUCAAACAUUUCCAUGAGUUCAAUGAGCGAAUCCCAAGACCUGAGAUGCUCCAGCUCCAAGAGAUUGCCUUUAGACUCAUUGCAGAAGUAGACAAAGCCUUUAUUCCUACCGUCUGUGGAAGCUUUAGGAGAGGAGCAUUGUCUAGUGGAGAUAUUGAUAUUCUGUUAUGUCAUCCUGGCCACACAUCGGACUCUAAAUCAAAGCCUAAGUUUAUAAAAGAGAUUGUGAAUAAAAUGGAAACCGGUGGUUUUGUAACUGAUACACUAUCAAUAGGCGAAACCAAAUUUAUGGGUGUCUGUCGUCUGCCUAUAUCCGACAAUAAAGAUGAGAAACCACCACUCCAUAGACGCAUAGACAUAAGACUUAUACCACACGAUCAGUAUUACUUUGGAACUUUGUACUUCACUGGUAGCGACAUGUUUAACAAAAAUAUGAGGACACAUGCUUUAGAGAAAGGAUUUACAUUAAAUGAAUAUUCCAUUCGUCCUGUUGGAGCCACUGGUAUACCAGGAGAGCCGGUCCCAGUGACGUGUGAAGAGGACAUAUUCACAAUGAUUGACUAUCCAUACAAGAAGCCAGAGGAAAGGAGUGUCUGAUUUAUUAUUAUUAUUAUUAUUAUUAUUAUUAUUAUUAUUAUUAUUAUUAUGAUACGUUGACAUUUUAUCAUUCAUAAUAAUUAAUCAUAAAUUAAAACAGAAAUCAAAUUUAUUAUUUUAAUUCUGCACCUUAGACUAUUGAUCUCCAAGUGAGGAUUUUUUAAAAUAGAUAUUAUAAUUUGAGUAUAAAGAAAGUUCAUCUAAAGUG